AUGGAUGAACAAUUGUUUUUUUCUUCAACAUCAUCUUCACUAUUUGAUACUUAUCUUGUAUAUGGUAUCAUUGGUCUAUUAACAUUAAUUGCAAUUAUUGGUUUAAUUAUUCUAUUAUCAACAUCAUGUUGUUGUUGUUAUUGUUGUUUAUCUCCAACAUCAUGUUAUUCAUGUUAUUUUCAUAAACGUCGACAUUCAACAUAUAAAUUACGUCAAAAUUCUAAACAUCCAGAAAAAUUAGGAAAUAAUGAUACGAAACCAAUUUCUUUUAUACGAAGAAAAUCAAGUGAUAUUGCUGAUUUUUCACAAUUAUAUGAUUCAUGUCCACAUUUAAUCAAUAGCAAACUUAUGACACCAACAAAUGCAAAUAUGGAUACAAGUUGUACAACAAUUGAUACACUUGUUAGUCCUGUAUCACCGUGUAGUUCAUUUCGUUCAGUUGUUGUAUCUGGAGCAGUACCACCAGAUAAUAAAACUAUUAUCGUACAGAAUGAUCUCAGUAAUCUACCACAAAAAAGUAAUAUAAGUAUUGAUAAAACUAACAAGGUUGCAUUAUCAACAUCUGCUAAAGGUAUAUGUUCUCGACCAUUUUCUUAUAUAAAAAAUACAAAUGAUCGUACAAAAAUUUUACGUCGUUUAACUCAACAAGAACAUUCUAUUCCUGCCGAUGCUGUAUCAAUUGAUGUAACACGUAUAAAUACAAUGGAAAAUGAUAAUAAUAAUCAAAUAAAUUCAAAUUCGACAAAUAUUUAUGAAACAGUUCUUCCAACAACACCAUCAACUAAUAAUAGUAUAUCAUCAGAUAUAACUACACCUAUUUAUGAAAAAGAAUGGACACAUAGUUUAAGACAAUUAAUGAUGCCACAACCAACAUUAUCAUCAUCAGUAGCAAUUGAAAAUGAAGGCAUUUCUAUUAUUGAACUACCUUCACCACCACCUGAUUUAAUUUCAUCAACAAAACAAUCGACUGAUUAUUUUCAACAACAAAAUCCAUAUGAUAAAUUUUUAUCAAGUCGAACAACAACAUCUGAUUCUAUGAGACGAGCUAAUAUGCUCAGACGUUUAAAAGACGAUGCCGCAUUUCUUUAUUAA